AAUUAAAAAAUAGCGCAUAUGGAACGCAACAACACGUCCUGUGUGAACGCCCCCCUGAACGCGGGUCAUUCUAUCGAGCCACUGAAGGGUGUCCAUCCAUCCUCUUACACUACGUAACCAUGACAACAGCCCCGGAUGGUGGAGCGCGAGGGUAGACAGGUGUUGGGUUGCGCAGAGGAGAGACACCUACGCGAUCGCUCCAUACUUUCCCAUGUAUCCUGCCUUCAUCUUCUGUCCGCGAGGAUCUCUAUCGGGAAACACCAUGGUGCAUCAUUCUGGAUCCAUACAGUCCUUCAAGCAGCAGAAGGCAGGUAUGCACACCAGUAUCAGUCAGAUUUUGAAGGAGAAAACGCUAAAGUCGUCUCGCCGCAGUUUGCCAUGUCUGGCUCAGAGUCAGACACAUCCUCAGAACCUCAAUCAUUUCCUGUCUGUGCCUCUGAGUCCUGAACCCAAAACAUACUCUCACAGCGUCAGUGCCUCCUGCACACACAUCACACCUCCUACAGACACAGGUCAGGAUGUCUAUAUGGAAGAGAAGGAGGUGGGGGAUUUUGCACCUAAAACAGAUGAAACGCUCCUCGUCCACCAGAAGCCAGUGUCCAGAGGAAAGCUAGAGGCCCACACAAAAUCCAUACAGGGGAACAGUCUAGAAAACCCCUCAGGAUUGAUGUUUAGAGAUGGGAAGAAGCGUAUCGACUACAUCUUAGUGUAUAAGAAAUCCAGCCCUCAGGUGGAGAAGAGGUGCACAUUUGAGAGGAACCUGCGGGCGGAAGGUCUAAUGCUGGAAAAGGAGCCCUCAUUAACCAACAGUGAUAUCAUGUUUGUGAAGAUUCAUGCACCAUGGGACACGCUGUGUAAAUAUGCAGAGCAAAUGAACAUUCGAAUGCCUUUCAGGAAAAAGUGUUACUUCACAGACUGGAAGAAAAAAACUAUGGGAAGUCAAUUUCAGCUGAGAUUUCGUCAGUUGAAGAGCUGGUUGCCCAGGAAUCCUAUGAAACUGGAUAAGGAGGCCUUACCAGAUCUGGAGGAAACCGACUGCUACACCGCCCCCUUCAGCAGGGCCAGAGUGCACCAUUUUACCAUCAACAACAGAGAGACGUUUUUCUCAAACUCAACCAGAAGCAGAAUAGUACAUCAUGUACUACAGCGCACAAAGUAUGAGGAUGGGAAGUCUAAGAUGGCUCCUCCGUUGUGUUGUCUGUAUCUGCUUAAUUAUUAUGGUCAUCACGAGCAGUUCCUCAUGGGCCACUCAGGGAGUUCAUGGGAAGGCAUUAAUCGAUUGCUUGGCAACGGCACAUAUGAGGCAGCGUUUCCUCCACAUGAGGGAAGUUAUAAAAGCAGACAUCCAAUUAAAACCCAUGGGGCUCAAAACCACAGACACCUUUUGUACGAAAGAUGGGCACGCUGGGGGAUCUGGUACAAAUACCAGCCUUUAGACCUCAUACGGCGGUACUUCGGAGAGAAGAUCGGGCUGUAUUUUGCUUGGUUAGGCUGGUAUACAGGUAUGCUGAUCCCUGCUGCUCUAGUCGGCCUCUUUGUCUUCCUCUAUGGGCUUUUCACCAUGGACUCCAGCCAAGUAAGUAAAGAGAUCUGUGAGGCUAACACCACUGUCAUGUGCCCCAUGUGUGAAGGCAACUGUAGCUCUUGGACACUAAGUGACAGCUGUGUCUAUGCAAAGGUGACCCAUCUUUUUGAUAAUGGAGGCACGGUGUUCUUUGCUAUCUUCAUGGCAAUAUGGGCCACGGUAUUCCUUGAGUUCUGGAAGAGGAGAAGAGCGGAGUUAACCUACGACUGGGAUUUGAUUGACUGGGAGGAGGAGGAGUGUAAAUCCCCUGUCAUGGUGUGUUCUGAGGAACUACGGCCCCAGUUUGAAGCCAAAUACUCCCGGAAGGAGAGAGUAAACCCCAUCUCAGGGAAACCAGAGCCCUUCCAGCCCUUCACAGACAAACUCAGUCGACUCAUGGUGUCUGUUUCAGGAAUCUUCUUCAUGAUCUCUCUGGUUCUGACAGCCGUGUUUGCCGUGGUGGUAUUUCGGCUCAUUGCCAUGGAGAAGUUUGCUUCCUUCCAGUGGGAGUUUGUGAAGAAGAACUGGCAAUUCGCCACCUCAGGCACUGGAGUCUGCAUCAACUUUAUGAUCAUCAUGUCUCUGAAUGUGGUCUAUGAGAAAGUGGCCUACCUACUUACAAAUUUGGAACACCCACGGACAGAGUCGGAAUGGGAAAACAGCUUUGCCCUUAAGAUGUUUCUCUUCCAGUUUGUCAAUCUCAACAGUUCUACCUUCUACAUAGCUUUCUUUUUAGGGAGGUUUGCUGGCAGGCCGGGUGACUAUAAUAAGCUGUUUAACCGCUGGAGGAUGGAGGAGUGUCAUCCCAGUGGUUGUCUGAUCGACUUGUGCCUACAAAUGGGAGUGAUCAUGGUGUUGAAACAGAUCUGGAACAACUUCAUGGAGCUGGGCUACCCACUGUUGCAGAACUGGUGGUCUCGGCGUAAGAUGAAACGUGCAGGUGAGCAGAAUAACAGUAAAGAAGAGCUUCCACAAUGGGAUAGAGACUGGAACUUGCAGCCCAUGAACGCACAUGGCCUGGUGGACGAGUACCUGGAAAUGGUUCUACAGUUUGGUUUCACUACAAUCUUUGUGGCGGCAUUUCCUCUGGCUCCUCUGCUGGCCCUGCUCAACAACAUCAUUGAGAUCCGAUUAGACGCCUACAAGUUUGUCACACAGUGGAGGAGACCGAUGCCCGCCCGCGCUACUGACAUCGGUAUCUGGCAUGGUAUCCUGGAGGGAAUUGGAGUUGUGGCUGUCAUAACAAACGCCUUUGUCAUUGCCAUCACUUCUGAUUACAUCCCCCGCUUUGUCUACGCAUUCAAAUAUGGGCCCUGUGUGGACAAGGGUUACCGGCACGAGAAAUGUCUAAGAGGAUACUUGAACAACAGCUUGUCUGUUUUUGAAAUGGGUGAAUUGAGAAACGGAACUUACCAAAAUCGAUACUGCAGAUAUCGGGAUUAUAGAGCACCUCCAUGGAGUCCUGAACCCUAUGAUUUCACCCUGCAGUUCUGGCAUGUUUUGGCUGCCAGACUAGCCUUCAUCAUCGUCUUUGAGCACCUUGUGUUUGGCAUUAAGACCUUCAUAGCCCACAUGAUUCCAGACAUGCCCAAAGACCUGUGUGAUCGCAUGCGCAGGGAGAAAUACCUAAUGCAGGAGAUGGUGUAUGAGGCGGAACUGGAGCACCUGCAGAAAGAGCGGAAAAAGAAUGGCAAACGUUAUCACCAUGAGUGGCCUUAGCCGUGCCUGCCCAUAAAUACACAGAUAAUUUCCCACUGGAGAACCACAUACCCUACCCACAAAAGCACAUAAAUGCUUGAGAGUGGUGAACAAACGUCUUUGCAACAUGCACAACUGCAGCACAUAUGUGAACACAGGCAUUCAUGUACGACCGUUCUGCUGCCUUGGAUGGCUAGCUUUAUUGACUCCAUGCAUGGGCUGCCCACUUCAGAUUUUCAUUGCUGUGAUAAACCAGGGUGCGGAUUCAGCGUUUGAGGUCAAAACCUGAUCUCCGGGUGGGCCUUUAGAGCCAGGAAUGGGCAACUGUACUCUGCACCAAAGAGGUUCUUCUCAAUCACAUGACCCCUGCCUGAGACCUCCAGUUAACCUGUAUUUUCAUCUUGCUGAGUGUGUUUACACACUUAGAGCAGAAGUUCUCAAACUGUACUGAUUGGCUAAUUUAAAAACACUUGGCUAGUUUAGGUUUAUUAGCUAAAAGUAGCUAAAAGAACAAAACAGCAGCCUGGCAAAAACAAAGAAAAAAUUGUUGACUUUUAAGGUAGUCUGCCACAUUUAAAAGUUUGAGAACCACUGCACCAGAGAAAGCUCCAGUGACAUUUUGUGGAUGGAAUUGCAUAAGUUCCAUUUUGAAGGUGUGAAAAGAGUUGGAUUCAUUUGAAAUCAAGCUGAAAUGCAACAAAUUGGAUUUCCGAAAGCACAACUGGACCCGCCUGCCUUCUAAAUGGUUAAAAAAUGUUCCAGAGUACACUGUUGCAAGUGUUCAAGGAAAAGGUCACAUGAAGGAGUUUCAUUUUUGCAAACCCUUGCUAUGUCUAUGUGCCGGAUCAUCAACUUUGAAAUCAAUGGAUUACAGCAUUCUCUGAUACACUGUAAACUCCAGUGUGUAGGUGGGAAAUGACUAUAUUCAUUGAACAUGCAUCCUUCCCAACAUGGCCUGCAGUGACGCUGCUCUUUCAUCUGUGUCCUAUCAUAGUUCUGAAUGGAGCACUCGUGCGGUUGGAUAGUUUACUAUGCAGACGAAGGGCUUUUGGAGUUCCUGUUUUCUGCUUGUCUACUUGUCUGCGUCUCUGAGGCCACGUACAGCUAAAUUCAGUUGUCACCUCCUGUUCUGUACACACACAGAUCAGUAAUUUACGGGAGUGACAACCACAUUUAGAAAAAUUACACGCAGUGUGUACGGAACACACUAGUUGUGAAUGAUGCAUGACAAGAGAAAGAUGACAGAUGAGGGAUUCAUAUCAGGUGCAUGUUAAAAUACCUAUUUUAACGUACAUCAGAGAUGUUUCUCUCUUCUGUAUGUGCGGUGCAAGAAAUCACAGGGAAAGCGCUACUAGCCUUGACUCAUUCAUGUUGCCAGAUCUUGCAAGUAAAUCAAUGAACAAGAACAAGCCCAUAAAAAUAAAUGGAAAUAUUUUAUGCUGAAAAUAAGACCGAAAUAUUGUGACCCGCACAUGCUCACUUUAAUAACUCCAUAAACUUGAGCGCUUUAUGAGCCAAGCAAGCCCAAAACGCUUAUAAUAAGUGGACAUGGCAAAGCUGCAAGAGCACGCUUUGUCUAGCAGCCUUUUCAAACAUAAGCAAAACACGUCGACUGUGCUUCAGUUAAAAUUGCUGAAGUCUUUUGUCACUGUAAUAUUACUUUGGUCCGAAUAACGGAGACCAAACAUGCGAGACGCCAGAACGUUGUUAUGAUUACCACAGUGUCAGUCGUAGCAGUUUCGGGAGUAAGUCGUGUUCCGUACACACAUGCCCCUAGUUUCACAGACAAGGCUUCCCUGACAGCAACAUAGUGUCGGCCUAGAUCUGGCCCACAUCUGGUCCGCAUGUAAUCCACAUGUACCAGAUGUGGGCCGGAUCUGGGCCACAUUCUGUUGUUGUCUGCGUUAAGUCUAGUCCCAGACUAAAAUGCAUGUUUGAGCUGUUUUAACUGAAAGCAACUUGCACUGAUGUAUCUUAAAAUUUGUCAGUGCCAUUGUUUUGUCUCAAGAUGCACUCCAGUAAUGUUUUUUUUUUUUUUUUUUUUUCUGAAGGCACGUUUAUAAAAGCUACUAAAAUGUCCUAGUUGAAUUAAGGCCUAAUCCUGGCUUAAUCUAAGCCCUGUCUGUGAAACCAGGCCCUGGAGCGAUAAUUUAGGGGACUCUCGCAUUUAAAUGCAGUUGUCACUCCUGAAACUUUACAGUGUAUGUAUGUGGCCUCUGUCUGUGCUUGGCAGCUAUCAUCCCGCUGUGAAGCAGAUCUCUACCUGGUGCCAGGCAACGUGACGACGUUUACUUACGAACACAUUUACCGAAUACACCCUCUCUCUUCGCUUGCCAGCAUUUCACAUUGUGAUUCUUCUUACAAAAGUGGUUUCUGGUAAGAAUUACCAAAUAAAAAUCAGUUUGUUUAUGCAAAUGAACAGUUUGUAUGUACUACAUCGCCUUGAAAAGAUAUGCAGAUCUGUCUUUCAAUACAAUGUAAUUUUGUCAAGGCAAAAUAAAUAAAAUUGCCAUCUUUGGCAAAAUGGUGAUAUAAAUAACAUGCAUGUUCUUUUUUUUAAUUGCAUGUUGUUUCUUUGUUUUUCAUAAUUUUAUAAAAGACUGUGUCCUUGUCCAUGUUUUUGUAGCGUGUGUGAGCUGAAUUUGAUGUGUGAGUGUAUCUGUGUUCCGAUGCCUGCUUUUGUUGCUCAGUUGUGAUGUAUUUUGUGUGUUUAUGGUUCCUUCAGUCCAUUUGCCCACCUACCUGAGCUGCAUCUCUGCAGUAUACAGUACUGCAUGUAUGUACUGUGAAUUUUCUGUAUGCAUAGAUGACCUACUACAUUUGCAAAAGUGUUCAGCAUACAAUAAGAGUGUGCUGUGAGUGAAAUGUGGUAUCCCACAAUGCAAUGCUUUCUGUUUGGGGUGUAACAAUAUAUCAUGUCACAAUAUAUCGCAAUACAAAAAUGCAACAAUAUCGUAUUGUGGAUAGUGACAAUAUGUGUUGUGGAUAGUUCACCCAAAAUGAAAAUUACUGUGUGAAAUGACUGUGAAGUUUACAGUACUACAUUAAACUACUAUAUAUAAUGUUGAAUAUAUGUAUAAUAAUGCAAUGGGGGAAUAUUUGUGGGUCCUGAUAAUGCCAAAUGUCUUAUGUUACCAGUAAAAAGUGGCCUACAUUAUUUUAAAUAUAUCUAGUCAGUGACAGAGUACAAACAUAUUCAUCUGUUACAGUGUUAAAAUCAUGAAUAUUUUUAUUCUGGUGUCACCAUUGUCUUGUGCAUUGGGUUUCCAGCACCAAGUCCAAGCCUAUUCAUUUCCACCCCAAUGUAAUACCAAAUUUAGCAUUUUAAUCAACAGUACAUUUUUUGUUAUUCUUUUAUCAUAUGUCUUGGAGUAUCGCAAUAAUAUCAUAUCGUGAGUUCAGUAUCGUGAUAUGUAUCGAAUUGUGACAUGAAGGUAUCGUUACACCCCUACUUUCUAUAUAAGCGCUGCAGUGAUUUUUGUAGACCAACUCGGAAGAUAGCAUCACCCUUGUUCAACAAAAAGCCAAUAGGAUUUUUCCACUGGCUUUUGGAUUACGGCAGAAAAUAAGUUAUGUGACCAACAAAAGUUUAUGAUUCUUACAUGUUUUGUUCAUUAUCAUAAUCUUCUGAAAUUAACACAGCUUUUAUUUAUUUUAAUGCUAAAAAGCUAAAUGUAGGCUAUAAACAACCAUGGUUGCAUGCCUUCAAUGUCACCACCAUUGAGCAUCGACAAUUCUUUCUUUAUAAAAAAAAACACAUUUUCCCUAUUAAGUUAAGAGUUUGCAAGAGUGCAGUUAUAAACACAGUGGGCUGUGAAAGUGAACAAGUGAGUAGAUGUGUUUGUUCGGCUUGAUGACAUUUAUAUCCCUGACAACUUCUGUAGUCCCAUUUGGCCACUUGUUAGCAACUGCCCUUUUUUAAGACACGUAAAUCUUAAAAAAAAAAAUCACAAGUGGGGAAAACUGAUGUAUUUGAUGUGGUAAAAUAAAACGAAAAUAUCUUGUUAACCACAGACCUUAUUUCAGGCAUUUAACCAAAAACCCAGUGACUUCAGAAUGAUGGAAUCAGAAGUGCUAAAAUGCUCAUUUCCAGGUUUUGACCUACAAAAAUAUAUCAUCCUGCAGCACUAUUUUACAUUAAUCCAGUUUGAUUAAUGAACUAGAAGUAAUAUGAUGAUUAAAUCGUUCUUGGUUCAUUAUUUGAUAAGAAUACCAAAAAUGGAUUAAAAAUGCAGAUUUAGAGAGAUUAUUUCCAAGAUAUUACUGAUAUUACUUGAGUUAUGUAGCAACAAUGUAGCAUACUACUGAUCAUUGCAUAGUGGAUGCUGUUUUAUUAAAAAUAGUAUACAGUAUACAUUUGUUUAUUUCUUUAUUUGGAUCCCCAAUUAGCCACUACCUAGAUAGUGGCUACUCUUCCUGGGGUCCCAGCAAGUAAAAAUACAAAAAUACAUUAAUCAACAACAAUAAAGUCAAAUCCAUAAAACAUACAAACCCAAAAUCCAUUUCAAAAUAUCAAAAUUAACAAUUAACUAUAUAUUGUGCCAUUAAAUAUUCCUUUAAAGAUUUUUUAAAAUGCAUUUUACUUGUUAAAAAAUACGUAAACUGUGCAGUAAGCUAAUAUUCCACUCCAAACAAAAUCAACUACUGUAAAAAUCUAACCGCAUAAGCCCAUAUUAAUCAAUCCACCAUUAUUCAUACAGUUAGAGCGUAAAGCAGAUGUGAUGAUAGAAUUAUCAUUGGGACAAUGGACAUGGAAGACACAUUUUCUCAUUUGACAUUUUGCUUUCUUGUUUUAUUUCUUUGUAAAAAUGUAAAAUGUCGUAUUUUCUCUGUUUCAUUUUCUUUGGGCGUGUUUGUGUGCACGUUUAAAUAUGUGCAUUUAUAAUUGUGUGUUAGCAUGUGUGUGUGAAAGAGAGAGUUUUGUAAAGCUGAUGAAGUGAGUGCUCCCAGCAUGCAUCUCAUUCUUACAAGUUUUUCAAAACCCAACGCAAUGGCUAUGUUCGAAAUAGCAUACUACUAUUGUAGUUUGUAUACUGAGUGCAGUAUGUUAAUUUUGUGUAUGCAUGGAAUAUUAUGACUUACUACAUGUGAUGAAAUGUGCCGUAUCGAGCAGUGUGUGAGAUACUGUAUCCCAAAAUGUAACGCGCUCAACUUGACCUUACAUUUUAGUGUGACAAAUGCACUGAAAGAGACAUGAACCAUGAUUCUCCUUUCUCAUUUUCUUAUCAACAGUGCAAAAGACAUUUUUAUUUUAGAGAUGAUAACUAGAUGGCACUUAGUUCAAUUAAAUUAAACAUGCAAUGAGGUCAUGUGACCACUAUGUAGCAUACUACUGUUCAAAACAUUUAUCAUUGAAUAAUGUGUUCUCUUUAACACACAAAUAUUAGGUACAUUACAGUGUAUACUAUGCAGUAUGCAGUAAGUAUUCAAGAAGUACACUAGUAUUCCAUUUCGAACACAGUCAUUGCAUCUAUCGUCCUCAGGCCCUUUGAGUCUUUGCAGAUGAGAACUCUGUAUCAUAUUUUCUUAGCUUGAAUCAAGUAUUGCUUUUUUUAGGUAUAUAUUUUUGCACUUUCUAUUUGCAUGGGUACAGACCCCAUAUGGGUAUAGGUAGUAUGCACUAAAAAAAAAGAAGCUUAAAUUGUGUUCUUGCUUCAUAGAUUCUCCACUACACUGAAAAAGUCAAAUUAGAGUUUAAUUUCUUGAAACACAUUUGAAAUAAAACUAUGUUAAAAAUUAUUACUGUGUAAUUUAUUAGAACAGUGCUUCUCAACUGGUGAGUCACAACCCUAAAACUAGUCCCUGGCCCAGCCCAGUUGAGAACCACUGUAUUAGAAACUACAUUUUGCUUUGAUGCUUUGUAUGUUAUGGAUGCUAAGCAGGACCAUCAGUUUGUUAGUAGAAUGGAAAUGUGAGGCUGAUCUGAAACAGUAGUCUUUACUGUAACACACCAAUCUUUUGGUGUACUGUAAUCUAUGCAUGACCUAAUUUAUGAGCCCAGCCCAUCUAGAGCUCUUGAAAAACCUUUGUGUAUUUGUGCACUUUUUACUGUGAAGUGUGCAUGGCCUAUAUCUGCUUAAACCAGAGAAGACUGAUCUGAGAUCUGUACAUGUUUUCGUGGUUCAUCAUCAUGAAUGAUCAGCUGUUAAUGGGCUUGUGGUGAUCUCAUUAACAUUUUUACAGGCUAUUGGACAACAAAUGUUAUUCAGGUUUUAUCAAUACACUUGGUUGUGUAUAAAAUGUCUUCAUUGACAAUGCCUGUCAAAAGCACAUGAAACAAUUCAAAUGUAUAUUCAUCUCAGAAGUAAUGAGCAUGUAUUAUAGCAUCAUUGUCAAUGCUUAACUGAUCUUACACAGACUCACUGCAUUCGUUUCUAACAAUGACUUGAUUCCUGCAACAUCAAUCUUUAGUCUUAUUUCAAAGCAAUGUAAUUGUUACUAUUAAAGAGAUAGAUGCAAUUUUGCUGUAAAAUUUUACUGCUUACGUUUAUAAUUCAAAAUUACAUUUCAGAGUUCUGUGCAAUUUACAUAAUGCAUAUGCAUGAUAUACAAAUAACAGAGAGACUCUAGUACAUUGGCUCUGUGUGGAGCCAAUGGGCCUCAUUAUGAAACAUGAGCUAAAUGAUUUUUGUGAAAAGUGUUCGUAAAGCCAUUCGGACUUAAAUUUACAUAUUCAUGAAAGUGUUCAAAUUUUCAAAAUGUUAGUUGGUACAAAAAAAUCCUUUGGCAUAUUGCCAAUUAGAUUCUUUUGGAUUUAUGCAAUAUGUUAAAGUCUGAGAAGGGAGUUUGCAAGAUCCCACAGCGUGAUUCAUGGGUGAGGAUUAUGUUAAUUUUGAAUGAGCAUGCAUGCACACCCUAAUUAAGAAUUAUUGGUAUUCGUUAACAUGUACACGUUUCACUUUUGAGGUUUGUAAAGUGUUUGUGAAUCCAGAGGAGAGUUUUCACGAAGGUCCAUUAUUAUGCAAGAUUUUACUUAUAUCUACGAAAGUUUCAUGAAUGAGGCCCAAUGUGUGAUAUGCUUACCGUGAUUUUGCCAAGUAGUAUAUCCAAACAUCCCCGAGAGUCCUGGAACAACAUUGCCAUCUACCAUUUAGAUUUUGGAGUUAGAGUUGGGGUUGGGUCUUGAUGAAAAUAUUUUUCUCUGAUAUUGGGGUUAGUUUAUUGUUAGGUUUUUAGAGGUUUAACAGAUUAAAGGUGCAGUAAGUGAUUUCUGAGAAACACUAUUGAUAUUUGAAAUUGACACCCAAACAAACACACCCCUCCCUUCAUUGCGCCGCCCUCAAAAUAACAAACACUCUAUGCCAGUGGUCUUACGCCAAGGUCCCCCUCCUCUCCGAAUCAAUACUGCACGGCCCACCUCCCCCCUUUUUUUAAUUCACAAAAACAUUUGUAUUGUAGUGCUAUUAGCCUACUUUUCAACCCCAUGUUAUUAUUUUUUAAAGAAGAAAUUCAAGAUAGAUUUAAACCUUCAGUGUUCUGUUUUGCAAACAUACUUUGCAGACAUUCUUUACAACUUAAAAGUGCUUACUCUGCUCAGUAAUACAGUAACUUAAAUAAGCACAAGUCAACCUGCCAUACCAAACAAGACCACAGGGAGAUACCAAAGGACUGAAUUUAAAUACUAUGAUCCAUUCAAAAUUAAUAUUAAGUACAUAAACACCACUGAUCCUCUCAAACUUCUCCAAAACAGUUUGUUCAGCGAGCAUCCGUUAUAAAACACUCACAGUACAUUAAUUUUGACAACUAUGCGAAUAUAUUGAACUGUGUUCAUGUAGAAAUACGAUGUUAUAGCAAUCAGUGAGUCGAGAGUGCAAAUGUGUGGUUUGUUUGCGCAUACUAACGGACUUGCGCAUGCCUUAUAAACGACUGCUGUAUGUCAAUGUAAUCGUCUUUACCUUCAUUACAAUCGUCAUCCAUCAAAACCUUUUUAACGACACUGGUUUUCUUUUUCCAACUGAGUUUGCAUAUCCUAUGUUCAUGAAGCAGUUAGGCGUUUUAAGCCACAGUUCAGUCUGUAUUUGCACAGCAGCACGGUGAGAAACGGCCUGGGCUGAUCCGAAACAAUCACAGAAUACCUACGAGAGAGGUGGUGCCUUGUUUUAAAUGUAUUUUUUAAUUAAUGUUAUUUUUUUAAUGUAACAUAUUAAUAAUUAUAUUAAUAUAUUUAAAUUCAUUUUCAUUUAUCUCUCGGCCCCCCUGGAGGAUCACUGAGGACCCCUAAUGGGCCGCGGCCCACAGGUUGGGAACCACUGCACUAUGCAAUGUCUAGCAAAAACAGCAUACAAAAGCAUGGUUCUGUGAAACAUAGCAAAACCAAUGUUAGUCAUGUAUUUAGCAGAAACAAAGCAACCUCAGCAUCCAUUUUUAGGCCUUCCCGCUCUAACGUUUUCAGCACUGGAAAGCUUUUCUAAUGGCACUUUUCCACUGCAUGGUAUGGUUCGGUAUGGCUCACUUUUUGGUGCUUUUGCACUUCAAGGUUCCAAACGAGCCGAACCGAUAAUAAAUGUGGCGUGUAAACACUGCAGAUCACUGAUUGGUCAGAGAGAAUCGUCACUACCAGCGUCACUGGAUUUAAAACACGAGACACCAACCCUGCUAGAUUUAAAAAGUAACAGCCACCGCAGAAUCAUUUGAAACAAUCUUUUUUAAACGACUUGCUUUAAACGACCGUCGUAUGCAACUUGAAAAAAGAAAUGGCUGUAUCAGUAGACGAGGUGAAGACUCGUUAGUAGCCGAGGAGCGGAUCCACGGCAGUAAAGGCGGCGCAGCUAUAUCAGUCUAUAAUCCCACCCACUUUAAAGAGGUACUAAACUGCAGUGGAAAAGCAAACCGGAAGUAAAGCGAGCUGAGCCGUGCCGUGCUGAACCGAGCAGAGUCGUACUAUGCAGUGGAAAAGCGCCAUAAUAUUAACACAUGUCCUGAAGCUCUCGAUCAUAACCCCUUCUUUUUCCAACUAUAUUCCUCUGACCUUUCCUCUUUGGUAAUAUCUCAGCUAUCUCUCUUUCUGCAGUCUUUCUACAAAUGUCCCACUUGCUCACUCUCUCUCCUCCUCCUUCAUGAGAGUUUAUGCCCCCUAUUGUUGAUUGGCUACAAAAGUGUUGUGGUGCUUGGUGGAUCCAUGAAUUUUUUUUCAGCACGCACACAGAACAGACAUCUAGCAAAUAUUCACAAAAUUGUUUGGGUGUUGAUUUAAAUUUUCAACAGCAUUUCUCAAAAAUCGCUUUCUGCACCUUUAAUUCGAGCACCGGCAGUAUGUGUUAGAGAUGGAGGUUGAGAAUCGUUAAGGGUAACAAUUAGGAUUUAAAUGUUCGAAUAGUAGUUAGGGCUGAAGGUCAGGAUCCAGGAGUUUGGGGUUAAGAGUCAAGCUUAGAACUAGAGAUUGGAGUUAAGAGUUUAAACUGAAUGUUACAGGUUAGGGUUAAGAAUAGAAGGUAGGGCCAUGGGUUAGGAUCAGGGUUGGGGGUGUCAGGGGCAGGGUUAAGGGUUAGAAGUAGGGAUUCAAGGGAGUUGAGUUUUAGGCAGAGGUGCUCAUUCAUGUUCCUGAAGAUUGACCUCCCUGUGAAGUUCACACCUUGCUCCAGCACACCUGUUUGCAAUUAUCAAGUGUUCCUGAAGAUCUUAAUUUGUUGUUUCAGGUGUAAUCAAAUAGGAUUGGAGGCCAACUUUGCAGGAAGAUAGAUUCCAGGAACAGUAAUGAGCACCCCAGGUUUUAAGGUUCAGAUUGGGGUUAUGGACAUAUCAAAGAUGUUGAUCCAGGAGCACAUUCUAACUGGCAAAAUCACAGUCACCUUGAAUAAUGUUCAAUGCAACUUUGAAUGACACCACAUGAUUUUAUUUUUUAUAGUUAUGAUAUAAAGGCUGUUUAUGAGAUCCUUUGUUUAUGAUGUCCUUGUUUACAUGUAAAGUGAACAAUAGUAUGCAUACAAGAAUUGUACAAAACAUGUCUGUAACAUAGAUUUGGAUCACACUUUUCUGUAAUAAAAUAUUGAUUGUAUCUUUUAAAUUAAA